AUGGUGCUCUUAUAUGUGCUGCGUUGGGUUAUCGCAGGGGUGGCUGUUUUAGUCAGUCAGUGCUCCAUUGGCUACGCGUUCCGGGGUGCGUCUGGCACCCCCAUCUUAGGAGCGUUGCCGGCCCUUCGUGCGCCCCUCUACGGCAAGAACCGUCACUGCGAUCGCAUGAAGCGCAUUCGCCGCGACCAGUACUUCUAUGGACGUCGUCGCGACCUGGAUGCAUUGCGCGAACCCGGUGGGUUGGAGCACGCUUUGGGCAUCCAGCGGCAUGCGCUGUCGGCCGUUUUCGGCCGACCCCUUUCGCAGCGACUGGGGGAUGGAGGGAUAAUCCCCUACCUAUCAGACGCGUCUAACAAGGUUGCACACGUUAUGGAAUACUUCGGAGUCCCCAUCGACGAAGAGGGUGAAGUCGCCGAACUUUGCGCCAGCGUUGCGCGCCACCCGACGACCACCAGAGGCGAGUUCAAAGGUAAACCGCCGAUGACGGAGAAAGUUUUCUAUCGCGAUCCCUCAGUGCCGGAAGAAGAGUCGGAGUUCAACCGCGCUGCCGACUACCAGUCGGGCAUGGCUCCGCUCAUCCCCCAACUCGGCGCCAACGACCACGAGCACCGCUUCUACAGCGGGCUUUGGACCGAGGUCGCGUUUAGAAAGUUGCCGAAGCAGCUGGUGGACGAGAUGGUAAGCAUGGAAAUUGACGCUAAGCAGGGUAGGGUCGACGGGAGCAAGCUGCGCCGUAAAACCGCCGGCUUUCCUGGGCUGUCCGACUCCGAUGGUUCCGGCACUUCGGGCACCCCGCCGACCCCUGGCCAAUGA